AUGAGUGCCCCCUAUUGGUUGGAUCCUGUCAAGGAGAAGGCCCACUCCAACUCUGCAAGACUUCGACUCGCCCCACCUGGGCUUGAACAUUGUUACAUCGUGGAUGUGAGGUGCCAACAUUGAGUGUCAAAGCAAUGAAGCGGCUGGGAAAGAGAGAGGCCAUCCCAGACCAGCAGUGUCCUUACCCAGCCCUGCAGCCCCUCUAAUGGGGCAGGAUGCACAACAACUGAAUUCAGUGAGAUCAACCUGUUGACUCUAGUCUGGACCGAGAGAGAGGAAGGAAGGAAGGAAGGAAGGGGAAGUUUGACAAGCAGUAGUUGUGGAAAGGGACACAACAGACAACAUGGGGGUCUUCCCAAAAGCACUUCUGACCGCCUCAGUCUGAUAAAUUAAGCUUUAAAGAACAGGGAUUACACACUCACACAUACAUAGACACACACACUCAUGCCAUGGAAGAGGACAGCGGUGUCACAUCACACACAGAGGUAGGUGUUUUAACAUUGAAUAGCCUAACCUUUUAAAGUAGUUUAAACUGUGUGGAAACUAUGUGAUUGACAGUCGCAUCAGCAUGUAGCAUUUCGCUACACCCGCUAUAACAUCUACAAUGAAAUGGAACAGUAUCAGUCAACAGACAUCAGUCAAGUUCCAAAUCAACAUUUUGACCUUAUGGUCUGUUCUGUACACGUUACCUGUAUACUGUCUGUGUGAUACCAUCACAGGUGUAGACAAUGUGGGUGUGGUGGUAUUCAAUCAGAUUGCACAAUGAAACUUGCUGCACUAACAUAUAUAUCUGCUUCAAGGUACAACCUUAUGGUACUGUACACACAUCCAUUAGAUUGUUUUUCUGACUAUUGACCCUAAAAUGUGUGGUUCUUAGCUGAAUUUCCAUCUCUCCCUUCUUUUUUUAAUCCCCAUUGUGUUAGUGAGUGGAGGAGGAAGUAAUGAAGCAUCUUCCCCUCUAAAGUGUUCACAUGGGGAAAUAAAAGGUUUUCACCACCAUGUAGCCUAACAGUUCUCUUUCCCUGCAGUGUCUGCCCUGGCACUGUACCAUCCUGCCAGGGGUGUAUUCAUUAGUUUGAUUCCGUUGCAAAACGUUUGGUCUGUGGCAAAAUGUUUUGCAACUGAAACCAUUUACAGUUUACUAUAGGAACCAAAUGGACACAAACGGAACGAAACUGUGAGGGACCUACCUGAAUUUGUCCAAUAGAAACAAUUUUCAGUCGCAAAACAUUUUGCAACAGACCAAACAUUUUGCAAGGAAUCAGACUAAUGAAUACAUUCCAGGUCAGGUGAGAGGACAACCACUUGAUCCUCAGCUGCGUCUCAUUCCACAGAGACGUUCCUGCCCUUCCAUGCCACUCUGGCUGUGUUUGUGUGUGUCUGAUGAUGCCUCGUUCUGUCCCCCUCCUCCUCUCAGGGUCUGAAUGGUGUGUUCCAUGAAUGUAAAGAGACAGAGGAGCUAACCAAUGGCCACUCCAACCACAAACCUGUGAGUACAACAACCAACCAGAGUUCCCGUUCAUAGAUUUUAUUAGCAGGAAUUUCUGUAUACCUCUCGUGUUAUCAUCGGUAUGGACUGGUAGCUUGUUGGUCCUGCUGUUCUAUGUUGCAUUGUGUAACCUGUUGUGUUUCUGUAUUCCCAGGUGAUGAAUGGACUGACACCAGGUCAUAGUGUCAAAGAGCACGCCAACGGAAGUUCACUGCUCAAGUCUCUGCCAGUGAGUUGCUCUAUACUGGCCCUCAUGUCAAAGGCAUUACAGGAAAGGGCACCGACCCGACUGUUGUUCUCUUUUCUUUUUUUAUGUGUUUGGUGUGUUUACAGAUACGCUGAGUAUACCAAACAUUAGGAACACCUUCCUAAUAUUGAGUUGCACCCCCCCCCCCCCCCUUUUGCCCUCAGAACAGACUCAAUUUGUCGGGGCAUGGACUCUAUAAGGUGUCUAAAGCAUUCCACAGGGAUGCUGGCCCAUGUUGACUCCAAUGCUUCCCACAGUUGUGUCAAGUUGGCUGGAUGUCCUUUGGGUGGUGGACCAUUCUUGAUACACACGGGAAACUGUUCAGAGUGAAAAACCCAGCAGCGUUGCAGUUCUUGACACAAACUGGUGCGCCUGGCAACUACUACCAUAUCCCGUUCAAAGGAACUUAAAUAUUUUGUCUUACCCAUUCACCCUCCAUGUCUCAAGGCUUAAAAAUCCUUCUUUAACCUGUCUCCUCCCCUUCAUCUACACUGAUUUUAAGUGGAUUUAACAAGUCAAUAAGGGAUCAUAGGGGAUCAAUAAGGGAUCGUAGCUUUCACCAGGAUUCACCUGCAUUCACCUGGUGAGUCUAUGUCAUGGAAAGAGCAGGUGUCAUUAAUGUUUUGUACACUCAGUGUAUUUUAUUGUGAUUUGUCUAGAUUUCAGCUCUGAAGCAGAAUGGCCUUCUGCGGUCCCUGGCUGCAGGAGGAGAGCAACCCAAGACUGAAGGUAAGACACACUACACGCAGUGGCCCCUCUUCCCAAAGGAACAACCAUGUAUCCUAGCUACCAGGUAACCUUAGCAGGUCCCCCCCUCAGGGACUGAGGUAGCUGGCUGUGGGAGGGUGGGGAGAUGAGGAGGGGCAGGGUAUGAAAUUAUGGUGUCAUGGCAAAGAAGGGGAGAAGGUGUGGUUCAGAUUGAAAAUGAACUGGAGAGGUGGUGGCACCAUGGCUGAACGAUUACUCCUCACCUGUGUAUGUUGUUGCAGGUUAGCUGUGUGUGUGUGUUGAUGGGUUUGUUUCUCAACUGUGUGUAUGUCUGUGUUUGCAGAAGAGAGUGCGGAGGUGGAGCAGGCACGAGAGGAGUGGGAGGCUCUAGAGAGUAUCCAACCAGGUGAGUUGUUGUUAGGGGUUGUUAGGGGCAACAUCUACCUACUCCCUGGCUGCCUGAAAGCUGUGACGUAUUACUCCUCAUUCUAGGUUUGUAUAUACGAGUCUGUUAAAGUGUGUUAUUGUCCUGUGUGUCUCCAGUGGUCACUGAGGAGUCCAGUCCCACUCCUCUCAUCUCCUUUAAUGAGGCGCUGCAGCACUUCCAGACCACAGACCUUGGCGAGGUGCUGGUAAGAAUGUGGGUCUCUGUGUGUCUGGGGGUUUUAGGACUGCAUUGUAGAGUCUCACUCUCAUCAUUGAGAAAAACAAUUCAGUUUGCGUUUUGUCCCUUAUCUCUCUCUGUAGAAGAACAUCCAGCCCACCAUCCGUAGGACGGGUCUGGCCGCUAUCACACACUUCCUGUUCGGCCCGCCGCGACUUCACCGAGAACUACUGGAGGAGAGGGACCUGGUCUUCGCCAUCGCACAGUGUAAGUGUGUGUGUGUUUGAAUGAGAGAGCGGGAGAGCCGUUUUGCAGACGAUAAGAGGCAGAUUGUUUGUGUGUUCCUCUCUGUAGGUUCUCUGGAUAACAGUCAGGCUGUACACAUGCGUGUUCUACAGACCAUCUAUAAGAGGCUGACAGGCAGCAAGCAGGACUGUCCUCGGUUCGGCACACACUGGGAGAACGUGGGCUUUCAGGGUGAGAGACAUCUUCUGCAUCUAUGCUUCAUUAGAUGCCACUCUCACACUGAGAUGAAAAGUGUGAUAAAAUUAUAUUGCUAUAAAGAAAUUAACAAAACACUGAAAUUAUGAGUGUGUCUGUGUGUAGGUAUGGACCCAGCCACAGACCUGCGUGGUACAGGUUUCCUUGGGCUGAUGCACACCCUGUACCUGGUGAUGGACCCUGAGACUCUGCCUCUAGCCAGAGACAUCUACAAGCUGUCCCAACACCCCACACAGGUACAUACACACACACACACACACACACACACACACUGGCCACAAACUGUUCAGGUGAAGGCAAGUGGGGAAAUCUAUUAAAUGUGUGCUUGGCUACUUGAAUAGUCUUUCUAUUUACAAACCACAUUUGGUUUGUACUCUUUCUGCCCAAUCUUUCUCCAGAACUUCCCGUUCUGUGUGAUGUCCAUCAACAUGACCCGUAUCGCCCUGCAUGCACUCAGAGAAGAGUCCCUCUCCAAGUAAGUGUCCGGCCCUACUCCUCUACGACAGACAGACAGAGAGACAGACCGACAUAUUGGCUUGACAGUUACUUACAAGAGCCUAGUCACUUGCUUACAAGAUGUCCUCACUUUUGUGUGUGUGGUCCUCCAGGGAAUGUAACCGUCGGCAGCAGGUAGUGGGGGUGUUGAAUGAGUUUUAUGUUGCCACGUUCCUGCACCUCUACCAGCUUUGGAAGAGCCAGCAGAAGACUAUCUCUGACUCUGGCUUUGUCCUCAAAGGUAACUCUCUGGGUUUUUACCCCAGGCUUAACCAAGCCCAGUUGUUUCAGCAGAGUAUCAUGUCAUUAUUAACAACAUCCCUUUGUAACACAAUCACAUCCUUGACAUCCACUGUGUCUCUGCUCCCCUCUAGAAGUGGAACUGUUUGCCAAAAAGAACCCCAAGCAGAUGCUGCGUCGGCUUGACGUCUUCCUGAGGGAGAGGAGGGCGGGUGGUGCCCCCCGGGCCUCCCCAGACCCCACGGCCCAGCAACCCUCACCCUACCUGGGGGAGAGAGGGGCCAGGUCUGAGGGAACCAGGGGCAAGGAGAUGCACUUCACUGGAGUGUGUGAGCUGACACCAGACAUGGAGGGAGAGGCCAGGCUCAUCUGA